AUGUUGAUUAGGCUAAUAUUGAAAUAUGUCACGUUAUCUUCUGAUACGUUUGAAAGUUUGAUCUCUAAUUGCCCGUUGCUUGAGGAUUUGGUGCAAAAAGACAUAGACAAUUUGUACUUCAUGAGUAUUAAUGCUCCGAAGCUAAGGUCAUUUGUCUUUCGUUGCAAUAUACAAUUGAUACAUCUUGAAAAUGUCCCCGUUCUUUCCAAUGUUCUGUAUGCGCCUAGAGAAUUAGUUCUAGAGGACGAAGAUGAUUUUGUCAAUAUUUUUUCGUCUAUUCCUGCUCUCAAGUGUUUCAGGUGGGAUCUUUUUGAGGAAUGUAUCCUUAGUGAUGGAGAUUAUUUCGAAUGUGUGCCCCAGGAGGUUGUUGAUGAGAUUCCUGCAAGCUUUUCGGAUAUCACAUUUAAUCAUCUGAGGACAGUUAAGUUUUAUGAUGUACUAUUAGAAGAGGUUGAAAUGCAGCUUAUCAAGGUUUUAUUUGCAAAGUCUCCAGCACUGGUGAAAAUGGUAAUCAAGCAUCGUCAAAUGGAAACUAACAAAUCUCUGAACUUACUCGCGGGGACAACAAAGUUUCAACGGGCAUCAUCUAAAGCAGAAGUCAUGUAUCUUGUUGAUUAG